AUGACGACCGCACACAGACCCACGUGGUACAACGCCAUCGGGGGGGAAAACCAGGGUGGCAACCGCAAGGUGAGCCAAACGGCCAAGGUCUGCAGCAGGGACCUGCCGGGGCACACCAAAAUGAAGACCAGGGACCUGAGCGACUACGUGGAGGAUAAGGAAGUGAUCAGGAACAACCUCAUUCAGCUCGAAGGCGAAGCCGCCGAGAAGGAUAACAGCCACAGGCUGCUGGCCAUCGAGAAUAUAAAGAAGCUCACCAACCAUGACUACACCAACCCGUUUCCGGAGGAUGAGGAUGACGAGGUGGAGGAGGAGUGGAAGUCUCGCAGGCGCAAGGGGGGGGGGAAGGCCAAGCGGAAGGGUAAAUCGAAGAAAGACUCGGAGGAAGGCAGCCAAGAGGAGGGUUGUCGGCCAGGCGGCAUUUCAGAUGGUUCGUCUGACGAUCAGUCGGAUAAUUCCGCUGGCGAUUCCGCUGGUCACUCCUCUGAUGAUGCUUCUGAUGACUCCUCCGCUAACCAGUCGGAGGACGAGGAGGAGAAGGAACUCCUGAGGGAGCUGGAAAACCUAAAGCGAGAGAAAAUGGAAAAGGAGCGACAGGAGAAGCUGGCGCAGGAACGCCUGCAAAGCAAAAAGAACAAUGUGCUCACCAACAACCCGCUCAUAAAUCUGGAGGAUAAUAACAGCGACAAUGAGGAGGGCGAGGGCGAGGGCGAGGGCGCGAGCAGGAAGCGAAAGUGGACGGAGGAGGCCAUCUUCCGAAACACCUGCGAGAAGAAGGAGAAAAGGAGCACCUUCAUCAACGACACUGUGCGCACGGCCUUCCACAAGAAGUUCCUCUUUAAGUACAUCCACUGA